AAGCUAUAGAAUUUGGGCUUAUCAGUCUUCAGCAAAAAACCCAAACCCUAGAGUACAUACCAGCUUGUCCGGUUAUAUAUUGUAAACUUCUCCCCACAUUUCAGGGUUUGCUCGCCGCCGUCGACGCAUUUUGCUUCUUCUAAUUUUCUCCGGCUCCGAUUCCACACCAGAAUCCACCAUGGUUGCAGCCAAGAAAACCAAGAAGACUCAUGAGAGUAUUAACAAUAGGCUGGCUCUGGUUAUGAAGAGCGGCAAAUAUACAUUGGGAUACAAAACCGUUCUCAAGACCAUUAGAAGCUCCAAAGCAAAACUUGUUAUCAUUGCCAACAACUGCCCUCCUAUCAGGAAGUCCGAGAUAGAGUACUAUGCUAUGUUGGCAAAGGUUGGAGUUCAUCACUACAACGGAAACAACGUAGAUUUGGGGACUGCCUGUGGUAAAUACUUCAGGGUCUGUUGCCUCAGCAUUAUUGACCCAGGUGAUUCUGAUAUUAUUAAGAGUUUGCCUGGUGACCAGUGAGAGGCGGUGUUAGAUUCGACGCUGUUCUGAAUCUUAGUGGAAAGUUGCCCAUUGUAUUGUGAAAAAUGGCUUACAGAUGAGUUUUGGCAACUUCAUUGAUCAUUUUGAAAGAAAGUUUUGAUGAUGUUGAAUCUGAGUAACAACUCUCCUGAGUUGUCUCUCACUCUUAUUCCCUGUGGACUUUGAUCUGCUGUGCCUGUGCCCACUUUAAUUAUUUAUGUUGAAUUCCUACAUUCCUAUGCUACUUUGUGGAAAGUUAUUCUCCUUCGUUUUAUUUGAU